AUGGCGCUCAGUAAACCAAUGGAAAUGAUGGCAGCGGCUACAGCAGCGGGUGUCGGUGGUUUCCUAUCGACGAGCAUUUUGCACCCUCUGGAUACACUCAAGACGCGCAUUCAGUCGGGAGCUUCGCUGCUUCCCGAGGAUAACAAUGUCACACCCACGAAGAAAAAUAAGCAUAUGACGCUUCUCAAGUCAUUAUACCAGGGCAUCCAGUACAAAGCAGCCGAGUCGUCGACUUCCAAGCUCAUGUACUUUUAUGCAUACACAAUGCUAGCUCAGAUGGCUACACCUAAAGAUGGAAAACCCAUUGGCACGCUCACAGACCUUGGCAUUGGCUACCUGAGUGAGCUGUGUCAUCUACCAGUCACGAUGCCCAUGGAGCUCGUAGGUACGAGGAUGCAGACUGGCUCCGAGUCUGGCAGUAUUCUGCAGAUCCUCCGCUCAAUUAUCAAGGAGAGCGGUGUCGGAGGACUCUACAAGGGACUAGGGGCCUACUUUGUGCUGUGUCUACAGCCGGCGAUCCAGUACACGGCAUUUGAGCGGCUCAAGAACUUGUAUCUGCGCAAGUUUAAGCAAGCGUCACAGGCACUUGGCGCGUUGGAGGUUUUCGUGCUGGGAGCUAUUGCGCGAUCCAUUGCGACUAUUAUUCUGUUCCCAUACAUUCGCGCUAAGGUGCUGAUGCAAACUAAGCCGAAACAGAAAGAUGCGAGAAACCUGGUGAAAGAUCAAGACAUCAGCACGGAGCCAAAAAAGACCAUCGCGUCAACGUUACAACGCGUAUACACUGAGGAGGGCGCGCUUGCACUCUACCGCGGUCUCGGACCGGAGCUCACGAGGGGAGCGCUCUCGUCCGCAUUAAUGCUCAUGAUUAAGGAAAAGGUCCAAAUGUACAUCAUGGUGCUCAUGAUGGUCGCCAGCUCGGCGUAA